UCACCAAUUUGCAUUAAGCUUUGUAUAGUUAGAACCCCAGUCAUGUUUUUGAAUGGUUGUGCAUUAUUCCCUCAGUUUCCCCUGAGAGGGGAGAAAAACAGAUUUCAGUCAGGCACUUCCUUCUUUCAAUGAUGUAAAAAUCGUCAUUUUGCGUCAUUGAAAGAAGGAAAUCCUGUAUCUCUGUUCAGUGUGAAAGACUACAGACACUCAUUCCUCAUUUUUCCAAGGUGGGGGCUAUGGGUGGGACCCACUCACACUACAGACCUAUAACAUAUCAGUGGGUGGGACUUACGAAAACAUACGAACGCAUACGGAAAAAAAACGAUAAGCCGCCAUCUUUAUGCUAAGCUAAGCUAACCGACGUUGUGGAGCCAGGCUUGAUAUUUCACAAAAAUGGCGGAAGGUAAUCAGAAUGAUAUGGAAGAGGGUGAUUUCGAAACCGUGGUGCUCGAAUCGGAUGUUCGUGGCUAUCUUUUUGAGCCACAAUAUAGCGAAGAGCAGUUGAGGCAGAUGGAGGAACAGGAGGCGGCUGCGGCUGCCGAGGCAGUAGCCCUGCCUGUCGCGGGCGAGGAGCUCGGACUGACUCGAGCUGGGAGGAACUGGUGGUGCCUGUGCUCUCGGUGUGCGCCUACGGACACAGAAAUUGAGUCCGUCUGCUGCAGAGAAUUUGACAGAUGCCAGUUUCUUCUGGACGAAAUCGCUACAUCAGAUGAGGACGUUUGUGUGGUGAACCACCCAAGCUUCGCACCGCAUAUGGACAGCGGCGUUUUGGAUACAUAUUUCAGAAUACCGAAGGUCAACUGGAAGCGACAGCCAAAGCCUGCAGGGACAAACGGACGUCUGAGUAUAAAACAAUAUCGCCUAACAGCCUACCGACACUUUCUUGAAUGGGUCCUGCAAGGCGAGAGAUUGGGUCGAGGCAAUCGUGUCGUUUUACCAGCCUGUGUUGUGCAGGCAAUCCGUAAGAAAUACCCUGCUCCAGAUGGCCAUUACAGCGGGCACCAAGAAGUUGAGGACGCUCAGGAGGAACUGUAACUUCCAUUGUUAAUAUGUUGACUUGUAAAAUAUGAUAACUGUGUUAAUCUUUUCAUCAGUAUUAUAUUUUUAUAUUUAAUAUUCUUGCACUGUAGCAAUAAUUCGAAUAAAGUAUUUUCAUUCAUCUA